AUGACUGAGAAAAUCUUAGCCAAACGAGACGAAUUUUUGAAAACUCAAACUAUUAACCAGGAUGUGCCUACACCUAAGGAGAUUCCUCAACUGGAACUGUUGAAACGAGUACCACGACCACUAAGACAUGUAAAGUACAUUCCCGUCAAGAACUUGGUGUUUUUCUCCAAGCACACGACCCCACAGUUCUCGUAUGAGACCCGCAUCAAAACUCCCAUUCCCAAGGACACGCUCAUUGUCCAAGUCCGCAAUUCUGGUUUGAAUCCCGUAGAUCUCAAGAUCAUCAACAGCUACACACGUAACAUGAAUCGUGAAGUGGGAAUCGGGCGGGAAUUUAGCGGCGUCAUCACGGAGACUGGUAGUGAUGUGCGCGGACAAUGGAAGGAGGGUGACGAAGUCUACGGUGUCUACUUCCAUCCGACUUUAGGAGUUGGUACUGCGCAAAGUUCUAUCUUGGUGGCUCCCGAUAAAGACGUGAUAUUACGCAAACCCUCUAAUAUAGGAUUCCAGGCUGCUGCAGGUACUCUAUAUUGCCUGGGAGCCGCUCGUAAUAUUCUGGAUGGUCUUGAAUCCAAAGGUCAGCUCACGCCAAGUUCAAACAUAUUAAUCAAUGGAGGUACCACAAGUGUGGCCAUUUUUGCUAUCCAGUUACUAAAAUAUCACCAUAGGAUCCCUAAGAAAAUAGUGAUACUAUGUUCAGAAUACGGUGCGACAUUUUUGAAGUCACAAUUCCCAGACUUAUGCGAUGAGUUGAUAUUUGUAAACUACGUGAUGAAUGCUAGACAAAUUCACAAACCUCUCGAAGACAUGAUUAGUAAUCACGAAACAAUUAGUUACGACGCAACAACAGGGCAACCGAUCUCAAGCCCUUAUGAUCAAGGCAAGUUCAACGUCAUUUUAGAUUUCAUUGGUGGGUACCAACUAAUAGGUCAUAGUAAUUCUCUGUUAGAGAAGAAUGGUGCAUAUGUCACGACCGUCGGCGAUUACCGCACCAAUUAUUCCAAGGACGUGUUCAACGCUUGGGAUAAUCCUAGCGCUGGCGCAAGAAAGAUUUUUGGCAAAUUACUAUGGACAUUCGACUACACCCAUUUUCAUUUUGAUCCUAAUGCCAAAUAUGCGAGCAAGAACGGUUGGGCAGAGAAGUGCGCGGAGCUUGUAGAGAGUGAAGUCGUGAGAUGCGUUGUGGACAAAGUUUACGAUUGGAAAAAAUUCGAAGAUGCAUUGGAUUAUUUGAAACGGGGCCACUGCCACGGAAAAGUCAUAUUGGAAGUUGAAAGGUUCUGA